AUGAUCAGGGGGGCUUGGAUGUAUCCAAGAGAAGAUGACGCUGUGUUAAAAAUUUGUUGUGCACCAAGACAAAACGACAAACCCUGCGCUGAUUCCGAGAGGGCACAGAAAUGGCGAAUGUCUCUGGCAUCCCUUCUAUUUUUCACUGUCCUCCUCUCUGAUCAUCUGUGGCUCUGUGCUGGAGCCAAGCUCAGAUCCAAGGAUAGGAGCUUAGCCAUGCAGACGCCUUGGGGGGACGCAAGCCAGCGCGCCUUCCAGCCACAUUUCCUACUGACAGGGGAUCAACAGUCACAGGAGGGGAGGUGUGAGAUUUUUUUAAGCAAUUUGACCAAAUUUGCUGCUCCGAUCCCAUAUUGCACUGGUGCCCGGGGUCAUUUCGAUCUGGACUCAGCUUGCACCAAAUUGUAUUCCUUGCAGCGACUCUUGGGCUCUUUCCCUUCUGUACCCUUAAGGCCACCCCCCUCCUCCUCCUCCUCCUCUUCAUCAGCCUCUUUUUUUUCCUCUUCCUCCUCCAAAAUAAACUUCUUAAAGGCUUAUUUUAGGAACUUCAACCUCUCUUUUUGUGAUACUUACACGAUCUGGGACCUGCUGCUGGGCAUGGCCGGCCCAGACAGCUUGGAUUGCAGUUUGGACAACCUGAUGGUGGAUUUCGUGGCUGCUGCAGCCGGUGCUCUGGACGGAGAGGCGUGUAGCAGCUGCGUCCAGGCUUAUCAGAGGCUGGACCAACACGCUCAGGAAAAAUAUGAGGAGUUUGACCUCUUGCUGGAGAAAUACUUGCAAUCAGAAGAGUAUUCAGUUAGAUCCUGCAUAAGAGACUGCAAGGCUGUCUACAAGGCCUGGCUGUGCUCCGAGUAUUUCAAUGUGACACAACAACAGUGCCAACACCGGAUUCCAUGCAAGCAAUACUGCCUGGAGGUGCAGACCAGGUGCCCCUUUGUGUUACCUGACAAUGACGAGCUGAUCUAUGGAGGGUUGCCUGGUUUCAUCUGUACGGGGUUGCUAGAGAACCAAUUAUCCAAUGAGGAAGCAAAGUGCUGCGAUGUGCAAUGGGACUCUUGUGACCACCCACCAGACAGCAACUACAAUGCGUCCCCCAAAUCCACAGAGUCGGAGUCAUUCCAUUACCACCGUCAUGACCCCCACCUUCAUCACCACCAGCAGCAUCACUAUCACCUCUACCACCACCACCAGUACCACCCACCAUCUUUGCUGCCUGUCUCCGCAGGGUCUCGCCUCAGCAACAGCAAAAUCAGACUGUGCGUCCUGGUCCUUAUGCUUCUGCACACCAUGGUGUCCUUCUCAAGCGUGCACAGCAGUGAGGGGACUGCCAGCAGGGGGCUGAGCUUUGAGGCCCUGCCUGCCAUGGAUGAGAGCAUAACAAGAGAUGAGUGACCCAGAGGGGAAAGGAAACGUCCAAGCAGAGUGCCGGCUCUUUUCCUGCCAAGGGGGGCACACGCUAUUCCUCCAAUAGGAGGCACAGGAUUGGGGGUGAUGCACACACACACCCCUACCCAC